AUGGCAAAGUUUGUUAGCUUUACUGUUGGUGUAGAGCCGCGCGUCGGAGGUCUUCUUAACACUGCUCUGAGAAUGACCACUCUUCGCUCAGCCGUCGCUAAGGCUUCCGAAGCCUGGAAGAUGAAGAUAGCCCAACGUUCCCCUUUUGAAAAGACUAUUAAGGACUUCAACUUCAACACUGGCUACUAUAAUCAAAUUGGUCUCCGUUGGCAUGAUAUCAUGCCGCGUAAUGCCGUCGUAGAAGAGGCAUUUCGCCGUCUUCCGCGAGAGGAACGCGAGGACAUGGAUUUUCGUUUAGCCCGAGCUACUCUGCUCUCUGCUAAUAAGACGAUUCUACCCAAAGAGGAGUGGACUAAACAAGAGGAGGAUGUGCCAUACCUUGACCCCUACAUUAAGUUGAUUGAACGGGAGUUGCGGGACAAAGCUGACUGGGACAAUUUUAUCUCUCCUAGGACCUAUCCCUAG